ACUUCAAAGAUAUUAAAAACCAACAUAUCAAACAGAGAGAGAAGUUAUCUCUGCAUAUGAACCUGUUUGGCUGUUUGUUCCUUUAUUUUCUCUGAAUAUAUUAAAGAUAUUGAACCUUUGUUGUAGUUUAUAUUGUUAUCAUCAUAUAUUUUUCUAAUAGCACUACUAAGAAAGAGUUGGAAAAAAAACUGUCUCUGUGCUUUUCUGUGCAUAGCAUAUAAACAUUUAGAACGUUUAGAGUCAGUCCAAGAAUGUCAUUGUCUCUGCUUAAUUAAUGAAAACCCUUUUAUAGUUUAAUCUAAAUAUCUUCAUUCAUUAGAAAUAUUAAAAUGGUUUUGGAAAUCAGAAAAUAUUGCAUCUCUCAUAAUUGUCAUGGUUUAGUCGAGCUUUGGAGAUUUCGCUCCUUUUUACUGUUAUGAACAUUGACAAAAGCAAAAAUGAUUAGUUCUCUCUAUGCAGCAUGACUGGUUUUCCAAAGAAAUGUGCUUAAUCGGCUUUUGGAAGCUUGAAAAUGACUUAUGGUUCGAGAUCUGAUCAUUGAUUAGCUCAUAGUUUUGGUUAUGCCUGUAGGUAUUGCAAUAUGUCUCUAUCAGGAUAAUGAUAACUUCAAUGGUUUUUUUUUUUUUUCUCCUAAGUGCUCUAACUUAACAGAGUUGUAUUAUAUAAAAUUUACAAGUUUCCGCAUUGGACAGCAUAAAUUAUAAAAGAAACUAGAGGAGAUUGAAGGAGAGUGAUAGGUUGACUCAGUCAGGGCCUGAGUCCUGCAUUUUGAUACUUAAGAAAUGGAGAAUAGGAGGCUUAGAUACCAUUUGGCUGGCUUAGUCAAAGAAAUAAAACAAACAUUCCCACUCUGUCGAUAAAAGCAAGAAACUUCCAUAUGUUUCAAUUCUAGCAGAAAUUGAGAAGGAACAAGGAUGAACAAACAAGCAAUAAGACUCUUUCAGCAGUUCCCUUUCUGUUUGACAGGAUUAUCAAGGCCUACAUAUAUAUAUAUGAAGGCACAUACACCCCCAAAACAACACCACCAAAGCUUCUAAAAAAGACUUACUAUAGCCUACAAAUCUUAACAUCCUUUUAGAAAACAAAAGAACAUACAGAAGGAGAACUAUGGCUAGGAAGAGAAAGAUGGAUGACUGUGUGCAGGAGAAAAAUUCUAGUGAGAACAACAUGGCUUGGGAUGAGAUGGUGAAGGAAGUCGCCACAGCAGCAGCAGUGGGAGGAGCCCGGGGAGCUAGAAAGAGAUAUGUUGGUGUCCGACAGAGGCCAUCAGGGAGGUGGGUAGCUGAGAUCAAAGACACCAUACAGAAGAUAAGGGUGUGGUUAGGCACAUUUGAUACUGCAGAGGAAGCAGCCAGAGCUUAUGAUGAGGCUGCUUGCUUGCUUCGCGGUGCCAACACUCGGACAAAUUUCUGGCCUUGUUCUCCAUCCUCUUCUUCAACUCCAGCUCUUCCCUCGAAGAUCACAAACUUGCUUCUCCAAAGGCUCAAAUCAAGAAACAAUUCUUGCGCUGCUUCUUCACCUACUUCUCCACCAAUCAACCGGCUAGAAGAGCAACAAGCAAAGGAGUUCAAAGAAGAAGAAGAAGAAACAGAUUUUUCAAAUACCCACUUCACAGAUUUCCUCAAUGAUCCUGAUGACUAUAUUUUGCGCAACGAUAACGUUGGCAACAUCAGUGCAAGUCGUAUUGACUACAUGACAAGUAGUCUUGAGUCAUGUUUGAACGAGAAAGAAGAUAGUGGGAGUAAGGAAAUGGAUAUGGAUUGUUGCUGGAAUGAUGUGGCACAGACUUCUAGUGGUGAUGGUAACUUUGGAGGAGAAGGAGAAGAAGAUGAAGAAGAAGAAGAAGGAACCGAUAUGGGGGCGUUGGAUUUUAACUUUGUGGACAAUGUUGGAUCAUCUUUUUAUUACUCUCCUUUUGAGAUUGCAGAGGAGAUUGAAGAACCGGUGGAGCCUGAAUACUGCGGUGAUGAACCUUCAAUGCUCAGGGCUGCCAUGAAGAGGAUGAAGUAUGAAAGAAAAUUCUCGGCCUCUCUCUAUGCUUUCAACGGGAUACCUGAGUGCUUGAAAUUGAGAGUUGCAGCACAAAAUGUGAAGGGGAGAGCAAGGUCUGAUCACUUCACCAAACUUCAAAACGCAUGUGAUAAGAAUGACGAGGAUGAGGAGAAGAAUGCAAAUGAAGAUGAUACAGAAGUGAUGAGGAAACAGGAGGAAAAACAAGAGAGUUCCGAGGAUAUGGGGUCAUCUUCUUCCUUGAGCAAUGACAGUGAAUUUUCACUCUGGAACUCUCUGGAUCUGCCUCCCAUUUGCUUUGUUAACUGA